AUGGGACGCCCUCGUCACGGCAGCCCGCAGCGAGAGCCGCCUGCGGCAGUGGGCGCGCGAGGCAGGCGAGACGCUGCGCUCGUGCGCCGGCUUCGAGGACGGCAAGCCGGCGAUGGACAUGAAGCAGGCGCAAGAAGCGCUCGAGAAGGUGCUGCGCGAGCUGCAGGAGAUUUUGCAGCAGACGCCGGCGGUCAAGGAGCACCUGCAGGAGCUGGUGCGCUGCAGCAGCGAGUGAGUGGCGCCGUUGCGCGCCAUGCGCUGCGCUGACCCUUCGCCCAGCUUCGUCGAGAGCCUCACGACCGAGCCGUCGCUCACGGCGCUGCACCAGCAUCUGGCGCGCGCCGGCGGCGCCGUCGUUGGUGCGCUCUCGCUCGGCGUCAAGGGCUUCGUCGGUGAGGCCGGUGCGGUGGCGCGAGACCUCGUCGGCCGCAUCCUGCCGAGCCUGGGCGAGGUGUUCCGCGCCGUGCCGCUGCCGAGGGUCGAGUUCACCUCCGACGCCGUCGAUGCGGCCGUCGAGGACAUUGUCAUUCCAACGCUCAACCUCGUGCCAGAGACCGUCAGCGUUUCUGUCAGCAACGACUACUCCUACUCGCGCGACCGCUUCACGCAGGAGUCCGAGUCGUCGCUGGACGCGCGCAUCAAGCUCGGCCUCGGCGGUCUGCGCCUGGGCGUCAAGGACGUCAGCUUCUGGGUCGAGGAGAAGGUGACGGCGCCGCGCGCCGGUACGUGCGGCGGCUGCUGCGGCUGCUUUGCGUCCGAGGAGGACUGGGAUGCGCGCAGCUGCGUCUGCCAGGGCCCGGCGUCGUGGCUGGCGUACCGCGAGAGCGCACUGCUGGACAUUGGCCUCUGGGACGAGGGACUCAAGGUGGACAUCGACCUGGUGGACGCCGGACAGCAGGCACAGCGCGACACGAGUGCCAGCCACCCGCCGACGGACGACAUGGACGAGACUCGGCGGGAGAGCUUCUUUACCGUCAAGAACGUCGCCGUCGAUGCCGGCGCCUUCGACUUUCGCCUGCGCAACUCGCACCACUGGCUCGUCAAUGCGCUCUUCCGGCCCGUGGCACGCCCCAUCGUGCGGCUCGUGCUGCAGCGCGUCGGCGCGGCACUGGUGCAGUCGGCCGUCGAGCAGGCCGACCGCACGGCGUGGGAUCUGCACUCGCGCGCCACGCGCCUGGCGCAGCAGCGGCAGGGCUGGGGCGGCAAGGAGGUCGAGUCGCGCGAGGAAGUCAAGGCGGCGUGGGGCGACUAUGUGCGCGUGCUGCUCGACGCCGACGCGGGCAAGAGCGGCGCGAGGCUGCGUAAGGAGCGCGAGGCGCGCGAGCGCGAGGAGAAGGAGCAGCAGCGGCAGCAGCGGGAGGAGCAGCAGGAUCAGCGAGAGCAGCGGGAACGCAUGGAGCGAGAGCAGGCGCACCCGCGCACCGAGCCGCUCAAGCCGACGCAGACGAUGAAGGUCUCGCCGACGUCGCUCAUCAUGACCGACACGGCCGGCUCGUACGCGCUGAGCGUCGGCGUGGCGCCGCGUCUGCUCGCGCCGCACAAGCGCGGGCCCAAGACGGACCACAUGCGGCUGCGCGACGACCUCGUCGAGCGCAACUGGCGCGCGCUGGGCAAGCGGCCCGUCGAGCGCGCGCGCGCCGCCUACGACGAAGUGGACCCGCUGGCGGGCGUGCGCAAGACGGCCGCGACGGCAACGCAGACGGCCGCGGACGUGCGCGACGUGCGCGACGGCGUGCAGCUCGUCCAGGAGCACGGCGCGGGCGGCGAUGGAGAGGACGAGUACGGCUUCAAGUCGGAUCUGUUUGACCUGCACUAGCGAAUAGCAUUAGGAGUCUGUGCGUGACGUGGAGCAAGCUGCGCUCAGGCUGGAGCGCAGAGACAGGUGUGGGAAAGAUGUGCAGCGCCGCAGCAGCACCUCACUGCUCCUCCUCGUCGAGCUCGUUGCGGCGCCGCGCCGCGCUGGCGUUCUUGCUGA